CGAUGCUAUCAGUAUCAUGCUUCUUACUCUACACAUAUUUGUGAUGUUUCAGGACUCAGUGGUCAUUGAGGAUGUGGCUGUGAACUUCACCCCAGAGGAGUGGGCUUUACUGGAUCCUUCACAGAAGAAGCUCUACAGAGAUGUGAUGCGAGAAACCUUCAGGAACCUGGCCUCUAUAGGAAAACAAUGGGAAGAUCAUGACAUUGAAGAUCAGUACAAAAACCAGGAGAGAAAACUAAGAAGUCGUAUGAUGGAGAGACUCUGUGAAAGUGAAGAGGGUAGUCAACGUGGAGAAAACUUUAGCCUUGUUCCAAAUCUCAGUCUGAACAAGAAAACUCCUGGAGUGAAACCACAUGAGUGCAGUGCACGUGGAAGAGUCUUCAUGCAUCAUUCAUCCCUUUGUAGGCACGUCAGACUUCACACUGGACACAAACCAUAUGAGUAUCAAAAAUAUGGAGAGAAGCCAUGUAAAAGUAAGGACUGUGGGAAAGCCUUCCAUUAUCUCCAAUUUUUUGAAAAACAUGAAAGAACUCACAAUGGAAUGAAAACCUAUAAACGUAACGAAUGUGGGAAAGCCCUCAGUUGUUCCCGUUCACUUCAAAUACAUGAUAGAAGUUACACUGGAGAGAAACCCUAUAAGUGUAAGGAAUGUGGGAAAGUAUUCAUUUAUCCCAGUUCAUUUCGAAUACAUGAAAGGAGUCACACUGGAGAAAAACCGUAUGAAUGUAAAAUAUGUGGUAAAGCCUUCAAGUUUUCCAGUAAUGUUCAAGUCCAUGAAAGAACUCACACUGGAGAGAAACCCUAUGAAUGUAAAAAAUGCAGUAAAGCAUUCAGUUGUCCCAGUUCUCUUCAAAGACAUGAAAGAACUCACACUGGAGAGAAACCGUAUGAAUGUAAAAAAUGCAGUAGAGCAUUCACUUGUUCCGGUUCUCUUCGAAGACAUGAAAGAAUUCAUACUAGAGGGAAAUCCUAUGAAUGUAAGGAAUGUGGCAAAGACUGUAUAACUCGCACAAAGCUUCAAGCACACAUGAUCACUCACAGUGGAGAUGGACCUUAUAAGUGUAAAGAAUGUGAGAAAGCAUUCUCUUCUCCUAGUGCAUUUCAAAUACAUGGAAGGAGUCACGCUGGAGAGAAACAGUAUGAAUGUAAAAUAUGUGGUAAAACCUUCAAUCGUUCCAGUUCUGUUCAACGACAUGAAAGAACUCACACUGGAGAGAAACCAUAUGAAUGUAAAAUAUGUGGUAAAGCCUUCAGUUGUUCUAGUUCUGUUCAACGACAUGAACGAAGUCAUACUGGAGAGAAACCCUAUGAAUGUCGGGAAUGUGGGAAAGCCUUCAUUUGUCACACAGACUUUCAAAGACACCUGAGAGUGCACACUGGAGAGAAACCGUAUAAAUGUGAAGAAUGUGGGAAAGCCUUCAGUGAUUACAGUUCCUUAAAAAUGCACAAAAGAACUCACACAGGAGAGACACCCUACGUAUGUAAAGAAUGUGGUAAGGCCUUUAUUUCUCUUCGGGGUUUCCAAAUACAUGAAAGAAAUCACACCGGAGAAAAACCCUAUGAAUGUAAGGAAUGUGGGGAAGCCUUCAGUUAUACCAGUUCUCUUCGAAAACAUGAAAGAACUCAUACUGGGGAAAAACCCUUUGAAUGUAAAAAAUGCAGUAAAGCAUUCACUUCUUCCAGUUCUCUUCGAGAUCAUGAAAGAAUUCAUACUGGAGAGAAACCCUAUGAAUGUAAGGAAUGUGAGAAAGCAUUCAUUUCUCUCAGAUAUCUUCGAAGACAUGAAAGAAGUCACAGUGGAGAGAAACCCUAUGAAUGAUAGGAAAGUGGGAAAGCUUUUAUUUCUCAUGAAAACUUUGGAGGAUAUGCGAGAAUGCAUACCAGAGGAAAAAC